AUGUCGGAAGCGAGCAAAGAGCUUGCUACGAGCGUGCAUUCGCUAUCGGAGCCUUCACUCAGCUCGAAGUCCGUUGCGGAAAACAAGCUCGUCUGGAAGUUGGACGUGGUUCUAAUGCCUCCUUUGAUGCUUGCGUACUUCACUCAUACCCUCGAUCGCGCAAACCUCGGAAAUGCAAAAACAGGCGGGCUUGAAGCUGACCUUGGACUUGUUGGAAACCAGUACUCGCUCCUUCUAAUUCUGUUCUAUAUCCCAUAUGGCAUUUUCAAUAUCCCAGCGACCAUGUCUGCGAAGCGCUUCAAUCCUGCAGUAGUAAUGCCUAUCAUCAUGGGAGCGUGGGGUACAUUGGCAAUGGCUUUGGCUGCAGCGACAAGUUUUGGAGGAAUCUUGACUUGUCGUGUUCUGAUGGGAGCAGUGAAGGCUGGAUUUCUUCCAUGUGCGAUGUUCUAUUGCUCUUUGUUUUACACCAGGAAAGAGUUGGCUUUGAGAAUUUCUGCGUUUGGCAUGAUGGGAUUCAUUGCUGGGGCUGUGAGUGGAAUCAUCGCCUACAGUGUAUUCCAGUGGCAUAGAGAAUUAAAAGGCUGGCAAUAUUUAUUCUUGAUCGAAGGAGCACUUACAGUCGGCAUUUCCAUCUUCAACUUUUUCUGGCUUCCUCGCAGUGUUACUACGUCUCGCUGGUUUACCGAAGAAGAAGCAAAAUUAUCUCAAUCGCGCUUGGAUCAAGAUACUACUCAUGAGAAAGGAUUCGUGUGGGCAGAUGCCGUCACCGAGUUGAAAGACUGGAAGGUCUGGAGCUUUGGCUUCAUGGCUCUCAUGUACGGAAUCGGCAGUAACAGCAGCUCCAACUUUUUGCCUACCAUGGUGAAACGUUUGACGGUGGAUACCGCGAAAGCAAAUCUUUAUACAGUUGGUCCAAACUUGACCGCUGCUUUCAUUCAAUUGAGCACGUCCUGGCUUUCCGAUCAUUUUCAGCAUAGGGCAACUUUCUCUGCAGGUGCACUUCUAGUGUCGCUCAUCGGAUUUGUACUCCUGGGGACACUUGAUCUCGUCCAUGAGGUGAAAGUUGGUUACUUCAUCACCUAUCUAAUUACAUUCGGAACUUUUACCCCUGGAAUACUAGUGCCAGCGUGGGUAGCAAGCAACACACACACCACGACCGGUCGAGCACUGACUCUCGGGUUACUGUUCAUGGGUCAGAACUUCGCGGGUAUCAUCUCCUCGGCAGUGUUCAGGGCGCAAGAUGCCCCUGUUUACAAGCCUGCGUUAGUCACGGUGGCGGUCACGCAAGGAGUAUUCAUUGUGAUUUGCCUCUUGCAGAGACAGUACUAUGCAAGAAUUAACAAGAAACUUGAUAGAGGGGAGAUUGGGCAUGUUGCUGGGAUGGAGCUCAAUCCCUCAUUUAGGUAUGCGCUCUGAAGAAACAGGACACUAUUUGGUACUGCUUGGUUGGUAAACAGCUUCUCAGCACACCAAGAAAACAUUUUACAGCUGUACAUAGUUCCCAGCAACUGUUAAUGCAUUUCUUAUCAGCUAGACGUUUAAUGAAAAGAAAACGAUC